AUGGACGCCGCCACCGCCGGCAGCAAGGAGCGGGAGGCCGCGCAUCUCCUGGCCGAGGCCGAGAAGAGGGUGAAGUCCUCGCACUCCUUCCUCAGGGGCCUCUUCGGGUGAGAGCGGGCCGGGGGAUCGGGCAGAGGGGAUCGCCUCUCGAGGCCUGGAAGGAAGGGAUCCUCCCUCGCGGGGACCCGCCGCCGCCGCCGCUCGGUUUUAGGCCCCGCUGGGUGCGGGAGGUGGGUCGAUCCGCGUCUGCGGGCGAUGGAUCUAGAGGAUCUAGACAGGACGGGUCUAGAGGAGAGCCGAGGGGCAACGGAUCUCCCUCCCCUUGGCGACCGUCGAGCAGAUCCCGCUUUUCUCCCUCGGAUAGCGCGAAGUGGGCAGGGAUGGAUCCGUCGCCAGGAUGUAUUUCUGCCAUAGCUGUCAACUUUUCCCUUUUCUUGCGAGGAAUCCUAUUCGGAAUAAGGGAAUUUCCCUUAAAAAAAGGGAAACGUUGACAGCUAUGAUUUCUGCCCACCUGCCUGUCUCUACAUAGACAGAUGAGGAGGAGGAGGAGUAAUCAUAAUAAUAAUAAUGAAUAAUACUUUUUUGUGGGCAUCAUCCUGGCACUCCAAAGGCCAUGGAAUGGCAGGGGCUGUGACAUGGCAGUGUCUAUAAGGCAAGGACAGAUUGCAGAGGAGCGUCGCACGCUGAGCUGGGAACAAUUCCUGUUUAAUUGGACUUAAGGUAGUUUCGGGCUGCCUUAAUGACUUAGCAGAGUUGUGGCGGCAUCAUCGCCAUCCGUGUUUCAGUAUGAAUCCGCGCAUGGGAUGAUGUCCUCUUCUCAGUUGGCAGGUGUGGGUACAGUAGGGAGGAAAUAAACUGCAAAACCCCACAAAAACCACCCUGGGAUCUGCGAGGGAAGGGUGGUAUACAAAUUUAAUGAAUCAUCAUCACUGGCUCAAAUGGAAUCAUAGCAUUGUAGAGUUGGAAGGGACCACAGGGUGUGUGUGUGUGUGUGUGUGUGUGUGUGAUCUAAUCUAGUGUUUCCCAACCUUUUUCCGACCGUGGCCCCCUUCUGAGCUUGUUUCCUUCCUGUGGCCCCCCCCAUGGGCGUAGCCAAGGGGAGCAGCUGCUCCCCCAAUAAUUAAAAAUCAAUACAUAUUGAAAUAUACUCGGAGUCGAGUGUGAAUUUCAUAGGAGUCCCUGCUCCUGCCAACCUGGGAGUUCGAAAGCACGUCAAAGUGCAAGUAGAUAAAUAGGUACCACUCUGGCGGGAAGGUAAACAGCGUUUCUGUGCGCUGCUCUGGUUCGCCAGAAGCAACUUAGUCCUGCUGGCCACAUGACCCGGAAGCUGUACGCCGGCUCCCUCGGCCAAUAAAGCGAGAUGAGCGCCGCAACCCCAGAGUUGGCUACGACUGGACCUAAUGGUCAGGGGCUCCUUUACCUUACUCCAAGAAAGUGCACAUGGUGAAAAGGAGCACUAGGCCAUGGGUAGGCAAACUAAGGCCCGGGGGCCGGAUCCGGCCCAAUCGCCUUCUCUCUUUUUAAAUUUUUUUAAAAUUAAUUUUAUUAAAUAAUACAAGAAUGUCAAAGAAAGACAAAUUUCAAACAUAUGCAUAUAAACACAAUCAUUCACACAUUGUAGAGGAAUAUUUAGAAAACAAGAAAAGAAAAAAUAGAAAAUAGAAAGAUACUUUCCGUAAACAACAAUCUGUGUUGUUCCUCUGUUUCCACUUUCCUCUGUGGCCCCCCAGCCUCAUGCUGUGGGCCCUCCCCAUUUACGCAUUUUUCACCUGUGCCCCCCUUAGAAUAUCCUGAACCCCCCAUUGGGAAACACUGAUCUAGUCCAAUUGCCUGCAAUGCAAGAGUCUGAUGUUUGCUACUUCAUCUGUUGCUUCUAAGGUUUUUACGAGGGCAAAGUUCUGAAAAUCAUUUAGCUGUUCUGUAACCUCUUCUUCUUACUGGGAUAUUUGGUGAUGCACCUUGUAGCACCUGAUUUCUACAUUACAUCAGGCAAACCUUGAAGAAGUUCUUCUCAGAUUAUUGGUUAAUUAGCAAUCAUGCAUCUGAUUCCGCUAAUCCGUUAAUUCAAAUGGAUAUCUCAUUUUGUUCUUAAAGAGAUUAGAUCCUCAGUUUGUGUCAGGUUUGUUAAAGCAACUGGAUUUACGAACGCCUGCUCUCUAGGAAGGGAGGUGAAUUUUACAGAGAAAAUAUGUGCUCUGGUUUCGACAAAUCAGUUUGGGUCCUUACAGUUGACCUUGAGUUUCUUUCUUUCUUUUUAAACAGCCAUGGCUGUUUUUAUGUUACAUUUUGCUGUUACAAGCAUUUAUGAUGACAUUAUUUCAAGGGAACACUGUGUUCAUAAGACUUCUUGAUAGCAGUCCAUCAUAAUAAUUCUCUUCCAAUAUUUCUUCAGCAGAUGAGCUGUCAAGUGUAACCGGAUUUUUGCCAAUAGAUAACUACAGAACUGAUUUAACUUUUUCCUUUCUGUUUAUAUUUAGGAAGAUAACUGUUUUAUUGUCUUUUUUUUAAAAUAAGAGGUGUAAGAAAGGUAGUUGUAGAAACUCACCCUUUUAUUUCAUUUCUGCUUUUAAAAAUUCUGCACAGAGUUACAGUAUCGGAACAUAAGAACAUACAAAACUACCUUAUAGCAAGGCAGACCAACAGUCUGUAUUGUCAACACUCACACACAGCAGCUCUCUCAAGUUUCAGACUGGGGAAUUUUACCAACCCUACCUAGAAAUAUAGGGAUGCGGGUGGCGCUGUGGGUUAAACCACAGAGCCUGAGACUUGCUGAUCAGAAGGUUGGUGGUUUGAAUCCCCGCAACGGGGUGAGCUCCCGUUGCUCGGUCCCUGCUCCUGCCAACCUAGCAGUUCGAAAGCGCGUCAAAGUGCAAGUAGAUACCAUAUUUUUCGCCCUAUAGGACACACCGGCCCAUAGGACGCACCUAGAUUGGGGGGGGGAAUAAAGGGACAAAAUUUAUUUCCCCCCCCAGGGAAGACCUCCCGCUGGGCGCGCAAGGCUUGCGGACAUCUGCCCGAAGCACGGGGCAUGCUCCGCAGUGGUGCUCCGCGUGCUCCGGCGGGAAGGUAAACGGCGUUUCCGUGUGCUGCUCUGAUUUGCCAGAAGCGGCUUAGUCAUGCUGGCUACAUGACCCUUGGCCGCUGUGGUUUAACAGCGCCACCCGCAUCCCUUCUCCAAUAUUAAUCUGUUCUAUCCAUAACUAAUGGUUGAAUGGACCACAGUUAGUAAAUAUAUUAUAUUUCUAUAUUAUAGAAAGCCUGAUUUAUUUAGGGCAAGUCCGGAAUGCAUGAAGAAUAUUCAAUCUAUUCGAGCUACAUCUGCAACAUUUAUUUUCUACAUUUGACUCAUCUUAUGUAGAGUCUGGUACCAUUUAAACAGCCGUUUCUAAUAAUUUUUUGUGCUUAUUGUAGGAUGCCUUUCCACACCCAAACUCACAUUUCUUGUGCCAUAAUUUGCAUAAGGUUUUUAGUCACCAAUCUGUGUAAGUGCCUCAUAAUGCCUAGAUCAGCUGUGAUUUUAUAUACUUGGCUCAAGAUUUUUACAGCUGGCUUGCUGGGAGAUGAGGCUUCAAGGGCUAAAUGUGGUCAGGACCACGGAAAGCUCUCUGUGGUGGCUCAAUACAAGGUCAAAGCAUCAGUGUCCUUAGAGCAGUGGUUCUCAACCUGUGGGUCUCCAGAUGUUGUUGGACGACAACUCCCAUCAUCCCUGAGCUCUGCCCUUGCUAGCUAGGGGUGAUGGGAGUUGUAGUCCAACAACAUCUGGGGACCCACAGGUUGAGAACCGCUGCCUUAGAGGGUUGCUUCUGGACUGCUGCAGCUGUGUGGGUAUCUCAAGUUCCAUUUCCUCAGAGCAAAGUUGUCUACGCUGAAAGGGACCAUAUACUGUUUUGAAGUCUGAAGCUCUGGUAGGACUGAGAAGCCUCUUGUUGCCCAUGGAUGAGGUAGAGCAGCAGUGGAAAGGGACUCUUCCAAGCUGCAGGUAAAGGUAAAGGGACCCCUGACCAUUAGGUCCAGUCGUGACCGACUCUGGGGUUGCGGCGCUCAUCUCGCUUUAUUGACCGAGGGAGCCGGCAUACAGCUUCUGGGUCAUGUGGCCAGCAUGACUAAGCCUCUUCUGGCGAACCAGAGCAGCGCAUGGAAACACCGUUUACCUUUCCGCCGGAGCGGUACCUAUUUAUCUACUUGCAAUUUGACGUGCUUUCAAACUGCUAGGUUGGCAGGAGCAGGGACUGAGCAACGGGAGCUCACCCCGUCAUGGGGAUUCGAACCGCCGACCUUCUGAUCAGCAAGUCCUAGGCUUUGUGGUUUAACCCACAGCGCCACCCGUGUCCCUAAGCUGCAGGUAGUUCUGGGAUAAGUCCUCUGGGGCUGAGAGCUGCCUCCUUUGGGGGAGAGGAUAGAGGUGUACCUGGAUUCCAGAGCUAUCCUUUGAAAGUUUUAUUUGGCGGUGGGGUUAAUUCAUUUGGAGGCUGUUUCCUCGGAUGAUCCCUGAAUCUGGUCUUCCCAAUUCUUCAUUGAAAGACCCCUCUUCAUUGUACCCCUCCUCUGAUAGUGGUGUCUGGAUCACAUUAGUAAAAAUGCCCAUAUCUCUCUGUUGUCUUCAGGCUUUCAUUGUGCAAGGUAGAGCAUUCAUUGUGCAGUCAACUACCAAGGACUCACAGUUGUGUAAUGUAAACCAUUUAUGUCAUGGAAUCAGGUUGAGACGUCCCUUUCAUACCUGGAUGUUUCAUAGCAUUAGAAAUAUCUGCCUCCUUCCAAUUCCUUUUCUCUUUCUGGUUUUUUUUCCCCAUAGAGGAAAUUCAAAGGUAGAAGAAGCAUGUGAAAUGUAUACCAGAGCUGCAAAUAUGUUCAAGAUAGCCAAAAACUGGAAUGGUAUGUAUGGAAAUGUUUUCUUCCUUUGCAGAAGGAGAAGGCCAAUGGAUAGUUGUAGAGCUCCCAUAUAACUUUAUGAUGCCCCAUAGAUAUAUGGGGUAAUUUAUUCCAGCUGUUUGAUCAGAAUUAACAUUCCUUAAUUUCACAUGCAAGCCCUUACAGUGUAUGAUGCAGCCAUUCCCCUUUGGUUGAUAGCCUAAGUCAUGGUUUGCUUGCAUUGAAUUUUUAAAACCACUCAUCUCUGUGUAUGCUAGAUAAUGACUCUGCUGUUUGUUGAUGAUUCAUUCCCUUUUCCCAAGACGAAAUGGAGGUGAUUCAGAAGCCCUUACUUUCCCUUGCUUUCAGUUCAGCCCUUGAUUGGUUCAGAACUCAUUAUUUCUGGAUAGGUUAAUUUGACAGAAACUUGUGGAGGGAUUGGCUGCACACUAGUAAAAUUCAUUUAAGCUAUCAAUGUGUCUUGUUUUCCCUUAUUGCCUUUUGCAUGUCAUCUAUAAACAGAUGCCUUCUCCGCAUUGGUCCUCUAGCCGUCAUUUUUACCCUAGAGUUGUAUACUUAAAAUAUUGCAUAAUUUCUAAUGUUUCCCUUUCUUCUACACCUUUCUCACGGUCUUUGUGAAUGUGUAGUAUAUUUCUCCCUGGAACAAUUGCAUUGCUACAUAGGAUUUAUUUGUGAUAAUUAAAACUCCUUUAAAAGAAUGGCAGGGGUAGGGAACCUGUGGCUCUCUAGAUCAUGAGUAGGCAAAUUAAAGCCCGGGGGCCGGAUCCGGCCCAAUCGCCUUCGACAUCUGGCCUGCGGACGGUCCGGGAAUCAGCAUGUUUUUACAUGAGUGGAAUGUGUCCUUUUUAAAAAAUGCAUCUCUGGGUUAUUUGUGGGGCCUGCCUGGUGUUUUUACAUGAGUAGAAUGUGUGCUUUUAUUUAAAACGCAUCUCUGGGUUAUUUGUGGGGCAUAGGAAUUCGUUCUUUUUCUUUUCUUUUUUCAAAAUAUAGUCCGGUCCCCCACAAGGUCUGAGGGACUGUGGACCGGCCCCCUGCUGAAAAAGUGUGCUGACCCCUGGAUGUUGUUGGACUGUAAGUCCCAUCAGUCCCAGUCAGGAAAGGCCCAUGGUCAGGGACGAUGGAGCUUUCAGUCCAGCCACAUCUGGAGGGCCAGAGGUUUCCCACCCCUGAAGAACAUAAGAACAUCUUGCGCUUUGUAAUUAAUUCAGAGACAGAUCCAGAACAGAGAAAAUUACAACAAUCAUUGCAAGCUGUCCUUCAGAAACAUCUGCACUCUUCCAAGCUAGAGCAAAUAAUGGGCUAUCUUUCAGUGUGAGCCUGAAUUCUGUAUUUCCAAAGGAAAAUAUUGUGGGCGGGGGUGUGUGGGAGAGAUCAUUGUCCUUUUUGUCAUUCAAAUGGCUUCUUAUAACAUUGUCUAGAGAUCAUGUGAUUUGGGGACUGUUUCUUUUCCAGCUGCAGGAAAUGCAUUUUGUCAGGCAGCCAAACUCCACAUGCAACUACAGAGUAAACAUGAUUCAGCAACCUGUUUUGUAGACGCAGGCAAUGCUUUCAAAAAGGCAGAUCCCCAAGGUAAGACGCAUAUUGUGCAUAGUACAACUGUCUAGGUUGGUAUUUACCUAUGUUGAACGAGGCAUUUAGGUAGGAUGAUUACAUAUAAAGCUCUACAGUUUGUAGCUUGGAGAUUUUCCUAAGCCAAGGCAGCCAAACGAAACUGUACUCUCCUGAAAAUAAUAUAUCAUCAUGAGCAGUCCUGAAAGGUCCCAUGGGAAACUCGGAAUAAAUGUAGUGUUAGGUCCAUUUCACACAAUUGUUUUAUGUGCAGUGGGGUCAGUAAUAAUUGUGGGAUAUGAAUGGGUUUGUUGAAUGACAUAUAGCUGACAUUUUUUUUUUGCUUAUACAUUUUUAUUAAUUUUCCAUUGAUUAUACAUAUAUACAGUCUAGAUUACAUAAGUUGCAUAUAACAUAGCUGUUACAAGAAUCAUAUAUAUAGUACACAGUUAUUUUAGGCUCCGCCGAGCCUCGGACUUCCCUUCACUUCAUUGGUAAGUAUCAGAUAAUUUCUAAAGUUACGUGUUUUAUCUGACAUAUAGCUGACUUUUAAGGAUACUGAAAAGUGUGUAAGGCUCCAGUACUAUACAUAUUUACCUGGGAGUAAGCCCCAUUGAACUUAGUGUGGUUUGCUUCUGAGUAGACAUGCAUAGGGUUUACUGCACGUAUAUUGUGCUAGGAUGCAUAAUAAAACAUUAAUCCUUCCAAACUGUUUCCCCCCUUAAAGAAUAGUGAAAAAUAAUACUAUAUCAUGAUACCUGUUUCUAAAAAAUAAAUCUUAAUGUUUUCCCCAAACAAAAUAUGCCUAAACAUUUGCUAAUCAAUGACAGUUUUUUUCUGACUGUUCAUGCCAUUUUAAAGGUUUUACUAACACCCAGGCUAUGUGUAUUCCAGCUAAGAUUAUCCAUGCUCAUGUGGAUAUUUACAUGCAUAGAUCCUGGCUUAUAUUAAAGGUCCUAUAUGUGAUGGGAAGAGAAUGAAUGAGUCUUAGGCUUGUUGCAAUAGUACACACAGAUGUGUGUGUGUGUGUCACGUAUACAAGGGCCUGUAUGAAUUGACUAUGCCUUAAUUCAGUUUGAAGACGCAAAUAUUGCAGCCUACAAAUGUUUUAUUGUGUUUUUAAUAUUCUGUUGGGAGCUGCCCAGAGUGGGCGGGAUAUAAGUAAUAAAUUAUUAUUAGUAGUAUUACAAAUUAGGACUGGGACGGCUGGGAGGACAGCAGUAGAUGGCGCCAGAGUCAAUUACAGGCUGAGCCAACUACCGUAUUUUUUGCUCUAUAAGAUGCACCAGACUAUAAAACGCACCUAGUUUUUGGAGGAGGAAAACAAGAAAAAAAUAUUCCAAAUCCCAGAAGCCAGAACAGCAAGAGGGAUCACUAUGCAGCGAUCCCUCUUGCUAUUCUGGCUUCUGGGAUAGCUGCGCAGCCUGUGUACUCUCCAUAAGAUGCACACACAUUUCCCAUUACUUUUUAGGAGGGAAAAAGUGUGUCUUAUAGAGCGAAAAAUACGGGAUUCUAGUUUUGCCCCCUUCCUCCUCCCUGCUGCGUUCUACCAGGGAAAAAGUGAGACUAAGAAGGAGAAAAAUGACAGCCCAUGUUGCUUCAUCAACUGAUUAUAAGAAGGCAGGCAGGUGGGGGCUGACUGAGGGCAAACUGAAAUUGGUGGGGCCAUUUGCCUCUUUACCAUAAUGACACAACUUCUAUUGUAUAUGAGUGCUGGGGCGCAUAUAUUGAACAUGUGUCCAUGGUCUCUUCAUCGGAGGUGGCUGGUGUCUUUGUCAGCCAGUCCCCUCAGUGGAAGUAUAUGGAGAAGCUCUUGAAGAUGGGAGACUUCCAAUAAUUAUGUCAGAGCACCUGUGCUCAAAAGGGAUCUCUGGCAAGGGGCAUCAGUAUCUUACGUAUAUGUCUGAGGGUGAAUGGGUUGAGUCGCUAUUAGAAUUUAAGAAUGACUGAGGUUCUGAACGCUGAGUCUAAUGAGCUGAGCAAGCUAGUUCCUUGUACUUGUGAAAUAAACCAUGUUUGAAUGACUGAGCUGAUUUUAUUCAUUAUCUCCCCCUAAAAUGCAUACGGUACAGAGGCUAUCAACUGCUUAAAUGCCGCCAUCGAUAUUUACACAGACAUGGUAAGAAACCCUAGGUGCUAGGGUUGGGAUUCCAGUUCGUGACCGUGCAGCUUGGUGUUAACUCUUUGGUUCAGCUGUCUUUGUGGUUGGCGUUGAAAAGAGAAUAAUUAGGUCAACUGCUUCUCUUCCUAGGGCCGAUUUACUAUUGCGGCUAAGCAUCACAUUACCAUUGCGGAGAUUUAUGAGUCUGAGCUCGUGGACAUUGAAAAGGUAUGCCCAUUAAGUUACUGAGUCCCUUGUGUACAUGUUAAGACACUGUCAGAAUAGUCUGAAAAUAUUUAGAUUGCAACCCUGUGCACACUUCCUUGAGCACAGACAUAGCCCAGCAAGCACACAGAAUACACACACAGCAAGCCACACACCCAGCCAGCUUACUCAAAUGGUGGCAGUGGUAGUGGGAAGUAUACAAGAAUAUAUUUUCAGAUGAAGAGGAAUCCUUUUAGCAAAGGCAAUAAAAGUACAUUAGAAAUACAGCCACUCCACCUAUGACACUGGCUGUUUUAUUUUCUAUCCUUUCCUAGUUUGAAAUUUGUUUUUGUUUUCUUCAGUGUUGCAUAAGUUAUGAAAAGCCACUGUUUUGCUUUCUUUAGGCUAUUGCCCAUUAUGAACAGGCUGCAGAUUACUACAAAGGGGAAGAAUCCAACAGGCAAGUUUUCAUAAAAUAGCUACUCUUAGUGUUCAGUGUAUACCGUAUUUUUUGCCCUAUAGGGCGCACUGGCCCAUAGGACACACUUAUUUUUUGGGGGGGGGAAUAAAGGGGAAAAAAUUAUUCCCCCCCCAGCCUCAAAGAGCAAAGACCAUUGGUCAAAGAUGAUUGGAUUUGUAGUCCAACCGCAUCUGGAGGGCCACAGGUUUCCCUUGAUAAAGAUCUAUCAUAUGAUGACUGAAUACCAGUGUUCUUCCAUCUGUAUGCAUGGGGUCAAAUAAUUUCCUAAGGAACUAAAGCUUCUUCAUCAGUUGUGCAAUGCUCCAUUUUGCAUUUGUUUAGAAAUCCUUACUUCUGUGCAAUUCAGUUAAUGCUACCUCUUGCUUCUAGUUCUGCUAACAAAUGUCUGCUGAAGGUGGCUGGGUAUGCUGCUCAGUUGGAGCAAUAUCAGAAGGCAGUUGAACUCUUUGAACAGGUAGGUUCACUGUAGGGAUAUCGCGGAGUGGGGCAGUGGGGUCCGGAGGGAGCAGACUUCCCCACCUGCAGGCAGCCACAAUUUGCCUGCACGCGUGACCUUGGGGUGCAGGGAAACCCCCCCCCCCCAGACAAGCCACAGCUGUCUGUACAUCGUUCCACCUCUGCCUGACCUUCCGCCUCUGCAUGACCUUUUGCGAUCUCAGCAGUCAGCGGUGUCCUGUCUGUAACCCUUUUCCAUGAGACCUUUGUCUCCUUUCGUCAUACACCUGUCUUGGGCCUUCACUUCAGUUCGCCACAUUCAGUGUCACAAAAGGGAGAGAAUAAAUCAUAGGCAUACAAUCCAAAGGAUUGUCCAUUUAUUCCUGCUCAUUUCUUAACCAGUUACUGAUCCCCAGGAGGACCUCUCCACUUAUUCCAUGAUUAUUAAGCUUACUCAGGAGUUGUCAGAAGCUUUAUGUACAGAACGUCAACUGGAUCGCCUCUGUUUAUAUGCUUAUUGGCACUUUCAAAGAAAUAGAAAGGGUUAGUGAGGCAGGACUUACUCUUGCAGAAGCCAUGCUGCUGGUUCUGCUUCAGCGAGAACUGCUGUUUUACACGCUUGGGAAUUCAGUUUUUAACCAGUUUUCCUGUAAUAUUGGCCUGUUAAGGCUAAUUGGCCUUAAAAUGAAACAAGAUGUAAAUGUUGAUCCUCAAAAACCACAUCAAAUAACCACCCCACCCACAAAAGAGCGAAUAGCAAAUAUAAAUGACCCAAAGUUGGACCAUUAGUGCUGCCCAAAUGCCCAGAAGAGUACAAAUGUCUUUGUAUGGUUCCAGAAGGAUGACAAAGUCUGUGCCAGGCCACCUCAGUACAGUGGUGCCUCGCAAGAUGAAAAGAAUCCGUUCCGCGAGUCUCUUCGUCUUGCGGUUUUUUCAUCUUGCGAAGCAAGCCCAUUAGCGGUUUAGCGGAUUAGCGCUAUUAGCGCCUUAGCGGGCUUAGCGGAUUAGCUGAUAAGCGGUUUAGCGGCUUAGGGGAUCAGCCGAUAAGUGGCUUAGUGGCUUAACGGAUCAGCAGUUAAGUGGCUUAGCGAUCAGCUGUUAAGCGGCUUAGCGGCUUAGCGGAUCAGCUGAUAAGCGGCUUAGCGGCUUGGGAAAAGGGGGGGGAAGGAAAAACCCCCCGCAGGAACUCGCAAGACAUUUUCGUCUUGCGAAGCAAGCCCAUAGGAAAUUCCUUUUGCGAAGCACCUCCAAAACGGAAAACCCUUUCGUCUAGCGGGUUUUCCGUCUUGCGAGGCAUUCGUCUUGCAGGGCACCACUGUAUUUAUGAAUUCCCACGUACUUUCCCCAAUGGGAUCACUUCCAGGGGCUUUCAUAGAAUCGUAGAGUUGGAAGGGACCACGGGGAUCAUCUAGUCCAACUCUGUGCAAUGCAGGAAUCUUUUGCCCAACGUGGGGCUGAAACCCACAGCCCUGAGAUUAAGAGUCUCAUGCUCUGCUGACAAGCUCAGCGCCCAAACAACACUGGAUCAUCAUUACUGAUGCUAUUGUGUUGCACAGUACUGUACUGAGAAUAUGACUCUUGGCGUAUAAAAUAUAGUUCACUAUUUGUGGUAGAGUGAAAUGUGUUGUGAAAUUGAAAUAAUAUUUUAAAACUAAUGUAUUAUUAUUAUGAUUAAGGGACGCGGGUGGCGCUGUGGGUUAAACCACAGAGCCUAGGACUUGCCGAUCAGAAGGUUGGCGGUUCGAAUCCCCGUGACGGGGUGAGCUCCCGUUGCUUGGUCCCUGCUCCUGCCAACCUAGCAGUUCAAAAGCAUGUCAAAGUGCAAGUAGAUAAAUAGGUACUGCUCUGGCGGGAAGGUAAAUGGCGUUUCCGUGCGCUGUUCUGGUUCGCCAGAAGCGGCUUAGUCAUGCUGGCCACAUGACCCGGAAGCUGUAUGCCAGCUCCCUCAGCCAAUAAAGCGAGAUGAGCGCCGCAACCCCAGAGUCGGCCACGACUGGACCUAAUGGUCAGGGGUCCCUUUACCUUUACCUAUUAUUAUUAUUAUUAUUAUUAUUAUUAUUAUAAACAAAGUUAAGUCUGGAGUUCUGGGACAACAAAAUACUGGCAUUUCAAAUACAAUGAAAGGGAAUCACAAGGGACUGGAUGAUAUAAUAGCGUUUUGGAUUUUACUGCUCCCAAUUGGGCUAAAUGUCUGUUUGCUCUCUUUAGGUUGGAACAAGCACUAUGGAUAAUCCAUUACUCAAGCACAGUGCAAAAGAUUACUUCUUUAAAGCUGCCCUGUGUCACUUUAUAGUUGACGAGUUGAAUGCUAAGGUUAGUGCAACUCACUAAGUACCAUCGUUGUAUAGGCCAAGAUGCACCCUCGUUUGUACAAAGAAUGUACAGAAUCAGUUGACUAAUGUUAAACCAUCAAUACCAUCUGCUCAUACUGCUGUUCUUUCUGCAAUGACAAGUGAUCACUGUACAAGCCCUACUUGAAUGUCCUUUUUUAAUUAUUAUUAAGUACAAAUUAGAAAACAUAUAUAUUAACAACAAAAGAAAAUACAAAAGAAAAAGAAAAUACAUCUAACCAAGGGGAAAAAACUAGAGAAUAUUUUGUCUCUUUUCAUAUUUACACUUAUUUAUACCUCUAUAAAAUGCUAUUCACAAUAAAGCAGUGAAAUGAAAGAUAAGAUAUCAGAAAAAAGAACAAAAAAAUUAAAGAACUAAAAGAAAAAGAUCAUAGGUGAAAAAUUUUAAAAGUAGAUAAGUACUCACAGUACAUAGCCAUUUCCCAUCUAUAUUUAUAUUCAAUUGUAUAAUAUUGUCUUGUCCUUAUCUACCUUAAAUAAAGUGUGUGUGUAUAUAUAUAUAUAUAUAUAUAUAUAUAUAUAUAUAUAGACUUCCACCAUUUACCUCACACGUUUUUAAUAAUCCGUUCGUCAGAACCUCUGUUCUUCAUAUUUUCCCUUUGGAUUUCCUUAAUGUCUCACUUUGUGUUUUUUAUAUUACACACAAGAUUAUUCUAAACACAACCAGAUUUAAAAAGAGAAUGGUUGGGGAAACUUUGCGAGUACCUGGAAUUAGCAAAACUGACGGAUAGAAUAAGGAGAAAAUCCAAAACGAUGGUUAUGCAGCAAUGGGAGUUCUUAAAUGAUUAUUUACAAAACCAGGGCUCGACUACAAAAAUCUGCCCUACUUGAAUGUCCUUUUCUGUGCUUGCUUAUGGUAAUGUGCGACUAUGAGGCAAGAAGAGUCAUCACAAUUGCCUUGUGUCUUCUUGCCUUAAACCUUUGAUGGCAAUCACAUAUGUCUAAAGCCAGUCCUGUCUGUUUCAAGUAUGGAGGUGUAGUUUCAGGUUUGAAAUUAAAACAGACGUAAGUUUGUAACACAGGACUGUCCUAUUUAUAAAAAGCAAAUACAAGUGCCUCUUACCAUACCCUUUCAGAUUCUAAAUGCAUUUGUCCAAAUGUGCUAAGUAAUUUUAAUUUUUUUCAACCCUUGCAUUGUGAUCCAUCUCCAAGAAAUAGUUUCUGGUAGGUUUAAGGACUAAACUAGAUGGGACACGGGUGGCGCUGUGGGUUAAACCACAGAGCCUAGGGCUUGCCGAUCAGAAGGUCGGCGGUUCGAAUCCCCGCGACCGGGUGAGCUCCCGUUGCUUGGUCCCUGCUCCUGCCAACCUGGGAGUUUGAAAGCACGUCAAAGUGCAAGUAGAUAAAUAGGUACCACUCCAGCGGGAAGGUAAACGGCAUUUCCGUGCACUGCUCUGGUUCGCCAGAAGCGGCUUAGUCAUGCUGGCCACAUGACCCGGAAGCUGUACGCCGGCUCCCUCGGCCAAUAAAGCGAGAUGAGCCCCGCAACCCCAGAGUCGGCCACGACUGGACCUAAUGGUCAGGGGUCCCUUUACCUUUACCUUAGAUGAUAUGCAGGGAAUCUGCCUGGCUUGAUGAAAUUGGAAGCUUAAAAUUUGCUGCUCUCUUUCAGCUUGCUCUGGAGAAGUAUGAAGAAAUGUUCCCGGCCUUCUCAGAUUCAAGGGAGUGUAAACUAUUGAAAGUAGGUGAAACUGCAUAUGUUUGAACGGGUUAAAAAUAGAAAAGCGUUGCUGGAUUUCCUCUUGUAGCAUUCUAAUUGUCACAUGGAGAUUGCCAGAUUCCCGGCGUGUGGAUAAAGGAGAUACGAAGCCUGCAAACAGAGGGAAAGAAUGGCAGUUGCCAUAUACGAAUAAUCUCUUUUGGUGGGAUUUGAAGAUGUGCUGUACUGGUUGUUGUUAAUAAGUAAUAAUCUAUAUAUAUAUAUAAUUUUUAUUAAUUUCAACAUACCAAUUAUAAUACAUUGCACAGAACUUCACAUCUUAUACAAUCUUUUUGGACUUCCAUCAGCACCUCUGAUGAUCCACCAUUUUUAUCAUUUCUUCUGCAUUUCUUAAAUUCCUAUUGCCUUUAUCUUAACGCACAAUCCACCUCUUUAACCAUUUUUGAAAUAAUUUACCUCACAAAACUUCUUGCAAACCUACAAACGUAAUCUGGUCAUCACAAUUACUUUUCAAAUAGUCCGUAAAUUUACACCAGUCUUCUGUGAAUCUCUGGUCCCGCAGGUUUCGAAUUCUUCCGGUUAGUUUAUCCAAUUCUGCAUAGUCCAUCCGUUUCAUCCUCCAUUCUUCUUUUGUCGGUAAUUCUUCUUGCUUCCAUUUUUGUGCCAGUAAUAUUCUUGCUGCCGUCGUUGCAUAUAAAAACAACUUACAAUCCUUUCUAUUUAUAUCAUCUCCUACAAUGCCAAGUAAAAAUGCUUUGGGUUUCUUAAUAAAUGUAUAUGUAUAAUAAGUAAUAAUCAGGGUGGGAGGGGGUGCAAAUGCCGUUGAACUACAACUCCCACCAUUACUGACCAUUGGCCAUGCUGGCUGGGGCUGAUGGGAAUUGUAGUCCCAACAAAAUCUGGCAGGCUCAAGAUUCCCCACCCCAGCCUCAGAAAGAGGGAAAGGGGUCUGCGUUUCUCCUCCUCCUCACUUCUGUGCUUCCUUUGGCUCUGGAGAAGCUCCGGAGAUCUUCCCUCCUCACUCCUUUUGAAUAAACCUACCACAUUUGCUAGCCUCAAAAAUGGUUUUGCUAGCCUACUAGUGACUUCUUCCAGUGGCCUGCAACAUUUCCUUUUUUUUUUAAUAUAAAUAUUUAUUAGGGUUUUCACAAUGUUACAAAAUGAAAAAAGAAAAAGAAGAAAAAAUACAAAAUAAAAAUAGUUAAAAACAAUUCAAUCUUUCUAUCAUUUAUCUUUCAUUUGCUUGUUUCCCGGACCUCCUCAUACCUCCCUUUUUUGUAUUCCAGUUCAAUUUGUUAGUUCAGCAGUUCCUUUCCCUCCUUAAUUUAUCCUGAUCUUUAAUCUUAAUAUAUUAUAAUAUUAAAUUUUUACCUGUUAAGAAUCCAUUUUUUCAUAUUCUUUUAUACCAUUACAGCUAGAAACCACUUAACUUCAAUCCAACAUCAUUCUAGCAUUCAUUGAUUUUGCAGUAUUUCUGUAAAUAGUCUUUAAAUUUCUUCCAAUCUUCUUCCACCGACUCUUCUCCCUGGUCUCGGAUUCUGCCAGUCAUUUCCGCCAAUUCCAUGUAGUCCAUCACCUUCAUCUGCCAUUCUUCCAGGGUGGGUAGGUCUUGUGUCUUCCAAUACUUUGCAAUCCAUUUCCAUGCCUGCUUGUUUCCUAUGGCUUCAAGGGCUUAAAUACUAGGCCUUGUAAACAGAUCUCCAAGCUACAUUCAUUUCCUCUUCCACUCUGAUACUCACAAGUAGGCCUUUGUUUAUCAGUGUGGCGUUCGUACGGAGCCCCAGGUCGUCUCACGGACUAUUGACCCGUACACCACUAAUCCGCUGCCACCAACCAGGUCCUCCCUGGUAAAAUUACUUCAGUCUCAGUCAGGUUCUCAAGUAAAUAAAGAAGAGUGUAUUUUACUUUUACGGCAUUCCAAACGUUGUUACUCUUUACUUUCUUAAUCUUAUUUUCCUCUAUCUCUUCUACCUCCCCUCACUCAAGAACCCACUGCCCUAACUGUCUCUCUAUUACCAACUGCUUCUCCAACUGCCUUUCCCACCCAGUCAACCCACUAAAACCAACCAACUACCCAACAAAAACUUCCAACAACAACUCACUCAAACCUUGGGCUAAGCCCUUUUAUACACAGGUAGGCUCCGCCCCUGGCUUUCCUAUUGGUCUAUAUUUUUAACCCUGUCUCUCUCUCUCUCCCCCCCCCCCCCGUUCAAACAUUUUCUAAAUGAACGGGCAAACGCCACAAUCAGUAUGCCCUUCCUCUCACACAAGCUUAUUAUAGGUUCUGCUCCAGAUCGAGGUACCACUUCAGCCCACUUUUUUUAUAGUCUUGCGUUCACCCAACCCCUUCUUCCCUUCAUCCCUUGACUCUCCCCCCAACUUCAUCUUUCUGAGCCACAGCUCAGUGGAAGAGAAUAUGUUUUGCAUGCAGAAGGUUUUCGGGUUCAGUCCCAGGAAUUUCCAGGUAGGCUGGGAAAGACACGUGUCUGAAACCUUGGAGGAGGCACUCUGAGCAGGACUAGAGAUGUGAAGGACUAGAAAGAAGAAAUGAUAAUUUUGGGAAUUAUAGGGACUACCCAAACUGCAUAGAAAUUUAUUCAUCUAUGCGACUACAGCGGCAAUAAUGUUAUUUGCCCCCAAAUGGAAAGAAGUCCCGAUGAAAGAAGAAUGGAUACAAAAACAUGGAAUACGCAGAAAUGGCAAAACUUACUGGAAAAAUAAGAUAUCAAGCUAACAAACUUUUUAUAAAAGAAUGGAAAUGGUUUAUUGAAUAUUUACAUAUAAACUGUAAACAGAUAAGUUGGCAGGAUUAUUGUAAUAACCUGCAGCUUGAUAAGAGUGUACAUUAAAGGGAGAUGAAUAAAUGAUUAAGUUAAUUUGGAAUAUGCAGAAAAGAAAAAUAUAAAUGUAAAGAACUGCAGAAAGAGGGGGGAAGGGAGUCGAGCAUCAACAUGUUAAAAUUAAUGUAAAAUUAUUGAAAUGUAUAAAAUUGAAAAUCAUAAGUAAAAAUUAAAAAAAAAGAAAAACUGGGAAGGACACAAUUCUCCCUUCCCCCCAUAUUUCCAUCUUUCCCCUAUUUGUUUCUGGAAAAUUGAGGAGGGGGGGAAAUACUUGGGUUUUUUUACUUUCAAAUUUUCUGGGUUUUCCCCAAGGCCUUUACAUUUCUAGUUGGUACUGAGCUAUAUCACCCAAGGUUCUGAGGUAGAACAAGACAGCUUUCUUCCCCUGGCAUAGAUAGACUUAGUUCCCAGGGAUGGGGACCACAGCGCCAUGUAAAUAUUUUCUGACACUUCAACUCCCCACAUGUCUCUGCCUGACUAUGAGGUCAUAAUCACUGUGAUGAUGGUUGCUUAUGCAGGCACCCCAUCCAGCCCUUCAAAUCCAGCAAUAGUCCUGGGAUAAACAGCUUUGUAUAUACAGUGGUACCUCAGGUUACAUAUGCUUCAGGUUACAUACGCUUCAGGUUACAGACUCCGCUAACCCAGAAAUAGUGCUUCAGGUUAAGAACUUUGCUUCAGGAUGAGAACAGAAAUUGUGCUCUGGUGGCGCAGUGGCAGCAGGAGGCCCCAUUAGCUUCAGGUUAAGAACCUGAAGUGGUGCUUCAGGUUAAGGACAGUUUCAGGUUAAGUACGGACCUCCGGAACGAAUUAAGUACAGUGGUGCCCCGCAAGACGAAUGCCUCGCAAGACGGAAAACCCGCUAGACGAAAGGGUUUUCCAUUUUGGAGGUGCUUCGCAAAAUGAAUUUCCUAUGGGCUUGCUUCGCAAGACGAAAAUGUCUUGCGAGUUCCUGCGGAGUUUUUUUCCUCCCCCCCCCUUUUUCCCAAGCCGCUAAGCCGCUUAUCAGCUGAUCCGCUAAGCCGCUUAACAGCUGAUCUGUUAAGCCACUAAGCUGCUUAUCAGCUGAUCCGCUAAGCCGCUUAACAGCUGAUCCGUUAAGCCACUAAGCCGCUUAUCAGCUGAUCCGCUAAGCCGCUUAACAGCUGAUCCGUUAAGCCACUAAGCCACUUAUCAGCUGAUCCGCUAAGGCCGCUAAGCCGCUAAUAGCGCUAAUCCGCUAAACCGCUAAUGGGCUUGCUUCGCAAGACGAAAAAACCGCAAGACGAAGAGACUCGCGGAACGGAUUCUUUUCGUCUUGCGAGGCACCACUGUACUUAACCCGAGGUACCACUGUAACAGGUUAUUGCUAAAUUGAAGGGAUACAUUACCUGGUAGUUUUUAAAACGCCUUCAAGUUGCGAAAGGCCUCUUUCAGUUUUACAGAGCGCAAACAGGAUUACUUAACAAGUCCGUCUUCCUUGAGAGAUGCAGUAACGUUGUCACUUCUUGUGUUUAAUCUGUUCAUGUCGUCCUGCUAGAAAUUACUGGAAGCUCACGAGGAACAAAACUGUGAAGCUUACACUGAAGCGGUAAGUAGACUUCUGUUUUACUUGGACACGGGGUAGGUUUCAUAGGGCCAACUUAAAAAAAAAGUAAAAUAGCCAGCACUGUUGUAACCACAGCGCAUUCGAAGCAACAGAGACACAGAGUUGGUUCCAGAUUAACAGUACAAUCUUAGGCGGUCACUUCCGUUACCUACACACCAUACAUUUAAAGCACACGGCUUUUCACCAGAGUACCCUGGGAACUGUAGCUUGUUAAGGGUGCUGGAAAUUAUAGUUCUCUGAGGUGUAAACUACAGCUCUGGGGGGAGCAGUGCUCUUUUAAAUGUAUUGUGUGGGUGUUCAGUGGAGUGCAUUUUCAGGCACCGUAUUUUUCUCUCUAUAAGACGCACCAGACCAUAAGAUGCACCAAGUUUUUGGAAGAGGAAAACAAGGGGGGAAAAAUUCUGAAUCCCAGAAGGCAGGACAGCAAGGGGGAUCACUGUGCAGCGAUCCCACUUGCUGUCCUGGUUUAUGGGAUAGCCGCAUAGCCUCUCCCAGGCAGGGGGAGCCUCCCCCAAGAACUGCACUCCCUUUAAAGAGCACGCGGAGCAUGUGUGCGGCUAUUGGGAGCUUUUCCCCAAGGAGGGAGAAGGGUUGUCCUCGGGGAAAAGCCCCCAAGAGCUGCACACACGCUCCACGCGGCUCUUUAAAGGGAGCGCUGAGCAGAGUCUCUCGCCUGCAUUCGCUCCAUAAGACACACACACAUUUCCCUUUACUUUUUAGGAGGGGAAAAGUGCGUCUUAUAGAGCGAAAAAUACGGUAAUUGUAUAGCAGACAUGUCCAACGCGUUGAUUGCGAUCGACUGGUCAGUCGCUGGAUUGAUUUCUGUCGAUCACAGGCCGGGAGAGAAAAGCCUUCUUCUGCCCACCCCCACAAGCCCAGCUCCUCUCCAGGCAUGCUCCUUGCCAGCCAGAAUGGCGAUGGUUCCAAAGUUGGGCAUGAAAGACGCAGGCACACAACAAAGGCAGAAGGAGAAGCGAGUGGGCGCAAGGUGAGAGCAGGGAGGCGCAGACGUACACAGACGGAGACGCUAGGCGCGCUGGCUCCUCGGAGAGAGAAAGGCCUGAUUUGGGUUUACUCAAAAGGAAGGGGUUGGUUGGAUCCAGGAGAAAGGGCUUCUACAGAUUUUGCCCAGUUCUUAAGGUGGUGCUUGAAGGCUGUCAACUCUGCAGUUGAGUUUACCCAAUUUCUCUUUCAAACUACAGUGGUGCCUCGCAAGACGAAAAUAAUCUGUUCCGCGAGUCUCUUCGUCUAGCGGUUUUUUCGUCUUGCGAAGCAACCCUAUUAGCGGAUUAGCGCUAUUAGCGGUUUAGCAGCUUAGCGGCUAUUAAAGGCUUAGCGGCUUAGUGGCUAAAAGGCUAUUAGCGGCUUAGCAGCUUAGAAAAAGGGGGGGGAAAGCGAAAAAAAUCGCAAGACUCACAAGACGUUUUCGUCUUGCGAAGCAAGCCCAUAGGGAAAUUCGUCUUGCGAAGCGCAUCGAAAAACGGAAAACCCUUUCAUCUAGCGGGUUUUUCGUCUUGCGAGGCAUUCGUCUUGUGGGGCACCACUGUACGGGGGAAACCGCUGUGGUUGACAUGUGCCCCUGACUCAUUUGAAAAACAGCAAGAGUCCUGGGGUACUUUAAAGACUUAACACAUCUAUUAUGGCACAAGCUUUUGUGAACCACAGUCUGUGCAUCAUGUUCUGAUUAUGGAGGUCCCUGUCCUUAAUGUUAUUUUCUUUAAGUAUUAUAGAAACACACAAUUACAAGUAUACAAAACAGGUAUUUUUAAAAAAUAUAUUGAUUUAUAACAAACUUUUCAGGUUUUAUGGAAGCGACUAUCAUUUGUUAUUAUUUUUAUCAUAAGCUCAGCCAAAUAUAAGAGUUUAAGUUGAAGAAUGACAAUGGGAGAGUGUGGUACAGUAGAUCACUGUCAGCUUUUGAUACUGGAUAGUAGAUCACAGCCUACUUGAAGUUGGCCAUGCCUGUUGUAUAGAAUUAGUUCAAUGAAUCAGUGGGACUUGAGCUGAGUCAUGACUGACUUGUAAUCUGUUCCAAUCUAUGUGUCUUUUAAAACAUGGAAGCCCAUUCACUUGCCUGCAUGGAAUUCUUCAUUGCAGGUGCAUACAGACAAGUGCUUAAAUACAAGGCUGCAAGGAAGCCUGCCACAUUUUUGCUCUCUGUCUUAAAGGGAGGCUUGACGCACUGUGCUUCCUCUUUCCCAAUUUUUAGACUCUCCAAAGCUAUACUUGCACAUGGGCCGAGGAAGGCCACUUACACUGUGCAGUUGUUUUAUAGUUGAAAAGAGUUAGUUUCUCAUAUCUAUGAUUUGUUAGUGAGCAAAAGACCAAAAUAACGUUGAUUUGUAUCCAAUGAAGUCAUCUCAGUGGCCCAAGGAAGCACACUCGCCUCAAAUCUAGUCCCCCAAAUCUGAUUUGGGGGGGGGCAUGAGGGGAAAGGAAGUCCUGUUGCACAGAUGGAAGUUCUUGUGCCCCGCCCCCACUGCCUCACAGGAUGGAUUCACAGAACCCUUCUAUUUUUCUUUUGGGUCAUAUUCUGAAAACACCGUAUUUUCGCUCUAUAAGACACAUCAGACAAUAAGACGCACCCGCUUAUAAGACGAUCCCGCUGGCUGUCUUGGCUUCGCCGCGGGCAGCCUCUCCUGGGCUGGGGAGGCUGUGCGUGGCCAAGCAAGAGCUUGUCCGGGCUGGAGGGGGAAGCCCCAGCUGCUCUGCCGGCACCCGGGGUUUUCCCUGCCAGCCCCAAAGAGCGGCUCAGGAGUGUGCAUCUGCUCACAGCCUGCCCGCUGCUCCCGGGGCUGGAGGGGGAAGCCCCGGCUGCUCUGCUGGCACCCUGGGUUCUCCCCGCCAGCCCCAAAGAGCAGCUCAGGAGCGUGCCGCACUCCGACAGUUUAGCUCCAUGGACCACACAUUCACUCCGUAAGAUGCACAGACAUUUCCCCUUAGUUUUUAAGAGGAAAACAGUGUCUUAUGGAGCGAAAAAUACGGUAAUUGAAAAGAAUAUGUGCACUUUGUCUUUGUAAAGUGGUACCUUGGAAAUCGAAUGGAAUCCGUUCCGGAAUCCGUUCGACUUCCAAAACGUUUGGAAAGCAAGGUGAGGCUUCCGAUUGGCUGCAGGAAGCUCCUGCAGCCAAUCGGAAGCUGCGUCGGACGUUCGGGUUCCAAAGAACAUUCACAAACUGGUACACUCACUUCUGGGUUUGCAGCGUUUGGGAGCCAAAAUGUUUGACCUGCAAGGCGUUCGGGAUCCAAGGUACAACUGUACUCGCUUUUCUAACCGGCUAUGUUACCCUCUUCCAAUUAGGUUAAGGAGUUUGAUUCAAUAUCUCGCUUGGAUCAGUGGCUGACGACCAUGUUGCUUCGCAUUAAGAAAUCCAUUCAGGAAGACACUGACGGGGACCUCAAGUGA